GGGGGGGAGGGGGAGGGAUGGAGGAGGAGGGAGGAUGCUGCCAGCGGAAAAUGGCUGCUGCAACCUGGAGCCUGUCCUGAUCCACAGAGACGACACCGAGGCGGGCUGAGCCGAGCCAGGCCGAGCCGGGCCGGGCCGGGCCGGGUCGUGGCGAGGGGGGGUGGUGGCGGCGGCGGUGCUGGCGGGACUGAGACGACGACGACGAGGAGGAGGAGGAGAGAGCGGAUGCGGGGAGGAUGUGAGCGCCAUCGGCGUGUGUUUGCGGACCAGAGCGCGAGGAGAGCCCGCUGCGAGCGGCGGCCAUGGAGGGCGACGUGCGUGUUCGCGCGGUGGUGAUGACACGUGACGACUCCAGCGGCGGCUGGGUGCCCCUCGGGGGUGGCGGCCUCAGUCACGUGGUCAUAUGCAAGGGGCGGAGCAGCAACGGCCGGGGGCGGAGAGAGCACGUCAUACGCGGGGAGAGGCUGCGAGACCGGGCGCCCGUGUUGGAGUGCGCCGUCCAGAGGGGGCUGGUCUACAACAAGGUUAACCCCAUCUUUCACCACUGGCGGGUGGACGAGCGCAAGUUUGGACUCACCUUCCAGAGUCCCGCCGACGCCAUCUCCUUCGAGAAGGGUCUGCAGGCCAUCUUGGACAAGCUGGACCGAGGCUCCGACUCGCCCUCGUCGUCCACGCCGGAGGAGGCAGACACUGAAGAUGACGGCCAAGCUUCCCAUACAGGAAGUGAGUCCUCGUCCAAUAGCAGGAAGGAGAUGCUCCCCAAACCCAUCACCAUAGUGACCAGCGAGUCAUCCGCCACCUGCUUCGUGCGGACCGAGGAGUUCAGUUUCGGAUCCGGCGGAACCAUGCAGACGCCUGCUCAGAUCCACACCAGGCCGGGACAGCAAACGACCACUCCGUUAAACCCCCUGGCUCCGCUGCCGCCUGCUCCACCCUCCCCUCCGGCCUCGUCGCCUCUGUCCCCCCUCUCGCCUACCAUCUCGCUGCUGGAGGAGGGGGACCUGCGCAGCGUGGAUCCCUGCAAGGACCUGUGGGGGUCCAGAGGGUACGAGGACUACCGGCGAGCCGGAGCCACCAGGACUAUGGUCGGGGGGCUGACCGGGGGCGUGGUGGUCGAGAGCGGGGGGAGUCAUCAGGACAAGACGGAGUUGUGCGUGGUCCGCUUCGAGAAGGAAGCGGGGACGGCGGGCUGCGAGGUGACCGUGAGUUUGGACAGCAAGGCCGCCCAGCGUCUGUCCUCCUCCUCGCCCACCUGCAUGUCCAUCCCCAACGCUGUGUCCGGCGUGUCCUCAGGGGCCGGCUCCCCCCAGGAGACCGGCAAAGGCUCCCCUUCGCCCUGCUGCAUACACACCUCCUUGGCAACGCCUCGGUCGCGGACUCGUAAGAGGGGAGGAGGGGACCCGGGGGCCAUCUCUCCUGACGACGACAGCCCGUGUCCCCAGGCGUCGUCGUCGUGCUCGUCCCGCUGCGUGUACUGCCGCUCCGUGUUCAGCGCCUCGGAAAACGGGCGGGGCCGCUGCAGGGACGCCCCGGACCCGGCCCUGCACUGCCUGCGCCAGUGGACCUGCGUGUGGUGCGCAGAGAGCCUGCUCUACCACUGCAUGUCGGACUCCGAGGGGGAGUUCUGGGAGCCGUGCUCGUGCGAUGACUCCCUGGGGGGCCACCCGCACCCCCUCUGCUGCGCCCGCUGGUUGGCCCUCGUGGUCCUGUCGCUCUUCGUGCCCUGCAUGUGCUGCUACCUGCCUCUGCGCGCCUGCCUGCGCUGCGGCGAGAGGUGCGGCUGCUGCGGGGGGAAGCACAAGGCGGUCCGGUGAGACCGGGCUCGGGUCGGGAGGGCUCUCUCGGCGAGGGUGCGGAGCCCGGAAGCCCCUCCACUGCAUUCCGCUCUCUCUUCUCAACCCGGGGCCUUCUGGACUCGUCCACGCCCGCCGAGGAGGCCGCUCGGCCCGGGUUCUGUGGCGCCGCACGGAGCCUUGGACCCCGCUAAUGUAGAAUUAGCGAGCAGAGACUUGUCAACGCAAAGGACCAGGGUGGGUAACCAUGAUGUGCUCCUUUAGACAAACAAAGAUGGUCGGUCUAUUUUAGUACACGUCAGACACGCUACCACACACACGGGAGGGGAAACGCUUUUGUGUUCGCCUGCGUCAUCCGUGGUCAGAUGAGUCGCCCUUUACCUCCAAACUUUACCUCACGCCACACGUCCACGAGCUGGAGGAGGGACCAGAGGACAAUUACUAGCUGCAAUGACAACCGUGACGGUGCUUUGUAACUGUGGGGAGUUCAAGGAAGUUUCAUCUCCCCCAAAGAAAAACGAACCCUGCUAAUAAUCUGAGGAUAAAAAAGUGCAAUGAAGGAGUAUUUUUGUACGCCAACGUCGGGGGGGAAAAGUGAAUCCUGACGCGUGCGAACUGGCAAGGGGCCGCAACAUUAGGUACGCCUGCAUGACGACGGCCGGUACAAAAAGUAAAGAGGACAGGUCAGAGUAUUAGGAAGCGCUGGUGUGCCUAAUGGAUUGGCUUCUAAGGACGGAGUGAAAUUACUCCACAAGCAUCUUUUUACUCACGCCCAACUGUUCACAAACUAUUUUCUUCUAUUAAUAAAUUAUUUGCAAGUCAAAAAACUAAAUUUUUCAAUUAAAAAACAAUUCAUAAGUAAAAAAAACAAAUAUUUUCUUCAAGUAAAAAAUGAUUCAUAAGUAAAAAAGCAAAAAUUUUCUUCAAAUAAAAGACGAUUCAACGAACGAUUAAAACGAUAAAAAAAAACCAAAUUACUUCAAAUAAAAAAAGAUUCACAAGUAAAAAAAACAACACAAUUUUCUUCCAUUAAAAACGAUUUGCAAGUAAAAAAACAAAACAAUUUUCUUCAAUUA